GCUGCCACUGCGGGCCAGCGCCGGCCAGAUAACCAUGCGUCCCUGAUGUCCCCGCUCUUCUCCUUAUCCUAUCGCCAUCUUCCUGUAUAUAUACGUCUACUUCCUGCCUUCCUCCGCCGCACCAUGUCGACCAGAACAUACCGCGACGCGGUCGAUCACCUCAACUCCCUCCAGUCCAAUGCCGCCACCUUGGAGGCCGUCCGCGCCUCCGGUGGACGGCUGAGCGAGUUCGCCAUCCCGGAGAUGAUUGAGUACUUGGGUAGAAUAGGGUACAGCCCGUCCGACUUGAACAAGCUGAACGUAAUACAUAUCACGGGAACCAAGGGCAAAGGUUCUACAUCCGCGUUUACUGACUCUGUCCUCCGUGCUACUCGUCCGGAGUGGAAAGUCGGUCUCUACACCUCCCCUCACCUGGUCUCCGUGCGUGAGCGAAUUCGGAUAAACGGUUCUCCAGUGGACGAGGAAACCUUUGUCAGGUCCUUCUUUGAGGUAUGGGAUCGGCUCCAGCGGAACACCAAGACGGCCAACCCACAGACAUCCAUAAUGCCAGGAUACUUCCGUUUCAUGACGUUGUUGGCCUAUCAUAUCUUCCUGGAGCUCAAAGUUGACGCCACAAUCCUCGAAGUUGGCGUUGGUGGAAGACAUGACAGCACGAACAUCGUUCCUAAGCCAAUCGUGACCGGAAUCACUGCGCUCGGCAUUGACCAUGUCAACGUGCUGGGCAACACUCUGAAGGACAUCGCGUGGCAAAAGGCCGGUAUCUUCAAGGAAGGCGUUCCAGCGCUGACCGUCGAACAGCCGGAGGAAGCCGCUGCGGUACUAAAAGAGCAAGCCGACAUCGUGAAGGUCUCCGAGUUUGAAAUUGUCCAACGCCCACCGGGGCUCCCGGAUGUCAAGCUCGGCUUGUCCGGAAGUCACCAGUACCAGAAUGCUAAACUCGCCGUGGCGCUCGCCAAGAGAUUCCUGUCCGCACAAGCAUUGCAGGACUUCGAUGAGGGAUUGCCCGAACCAUUCGUGCGGGGAUUGGAGGCGACCAAGUGGCCUGGCCGCUGUCAGACCGUUGUCGACCCUAAGAGCGAAAAGACGACUUGGUUCCUCGACGGGGCGCACACACUGGAGAGCCUCGAUUGCUGCAUGCGGUGGUACGUCAGCCCAGACAUCGCACUUAGGGACCCAGAGCACUUAGGUGAUCGCUCCCGGGUGCUGAUCUUCAACUGCACGAGCGGCCGCUCCGGGAAAGCGUUCCUAGGUGCUAUGCUCGCCCGCGCCGCGGAGCAGCUGCAGAAGCACGGGCUCACCGAGGCGGCGGACGCGCUCUUCAACCAGGUCGUCUUCUGCGCGAACGUCACCUACGCAGACGGCACCUUCAAGGGCGACAUCACCACGGUGGCCCUCAGCACCGACGACAAGCUCUACCUGAAAACCCAGCACGAGCUCGCGGACACAUGGUCUUCCCUCGUCCCCUCGUUCCCGAAGGACAACGUGCACGUCCUGCCCUCCAUCGAACACGCAGUCAAUGUCGUCCGGAAGCUCAACGUCUCGGGCGACAAGCCUGUCGACGUCCUAGUCGCUGGCAGCUUGCAUCUCGUAGGUGGGGUCAUCGAGGUCGCCGGCUUGUCCGACGUGGCCCUUUGAUUCCCUGCUCGUGAAAGAGGUUAGUUGGGGGUCACCUCCAGCAUCCAUCCGUUCGUUCGCGUGUCCGUUGUCGUAGGCAUUGCUUUUGGUUACAUAUUGAGAUACAUUUCGCGUACUAGAUAGAUCGUGGUAGUAGUGUAUGUAGCCUUCAACAGGCCCGCUUAAUUACAAAUAAUGUAUAGAGUCAAGCCAGUCUGGUUAUGUGAGAGUAAGGCAAUGAUGCUAAGAGUGCCGUGCGCGUUUCGUCCUGUUCUUGCUUGGGUCAGCGCCGUAGAAGUGGAUGGCCUUCUCGUCGAGGAACGCGCGCACCUUCCCCCUCAGCUUCGUCUUCCUGUCCGUGACGCCGACGCCCGCGGCAAGCUGCAUGAACACGUCGAAAUGGAUCGGCUCGUAUCGCAAGACGCGCAGAUGGAGCGCCUCGUCCUUCAGGAUGGCCUCUUUGAGCUUCGCGUUCAGCUCCUCUUGGGAUAUUUCCUUGCCUUCUUUGCUUACUUCCGCGUCGCUCUCAUCCGUGUUCGCCUUCGGCCGCCCACGCUUCUUCGAUGGGGGCUUCGUAGCAGGGGCAAUAGCAGGGCCCGGCUCCCGGCCGACCCUGGACGGUCCCGCACCAGGCACGUCGUCCUCCGGUAUCGCUAGCAACCUCCGUUCGCGCGGCGGCGCCUGCGUUUCCGCCGCCUGCGUCUUCGUGCGAGACGGCCCUGCGCCGUCGCGCUCAGGGUCGUAAUGUAGGAACGCGUCCCCGUGCUCUUCCCACGCGUCCUGGUCCUCGUACCAGCCGUUCCAUUGAUGAUCAUAAUCGUCCUGUACAUACAAGUCGCCCGCGUCGUCGCCGUGCGCAGGCGCAUACGGCUCCGGGACAUCGUCACCAGCGGGCUCCUGGCUCUGUUCUG